GGUGAGGGGGAAGAGAGAGAAAGAGGCACCUCUCCCUGCUGUGGCAGCUCCAGGGCAAGGGCCACAGAAUAGGUGCCCCUCCCCCACCCCCUGCAGGUCCAGGGUGGGGCCAAGCCAUGGGAGGGACACCUGGGCUGCAGCAUAGUUGGAGCUGGAGGGCUGCCAGCGAUAGGUUGGGGGCUGGGUUAGGUUGGGGAGAGGGGCACCCUAGCUGCAGCAGGUCCCCGGGCAGGUUCCCUUGAGUGCUUGCAUGCUAAAUAUGGGUGGGUUCCCUGAGCGAUAAAUAGGCUGCUGCGUGGCCCAGCAGCGUAUAGGGAACUUAGCUGGGGAGUCCAAGAUGGAUACCUCUGUUUUCAAGGCCUUAAUCAUCUACAAGCGAAAGCCCACAGGAUCCUGCAGUUGUCAUCUCUGGUGCCAUGCAAUUCCACUUACCUUCUCUAGUAAGGUGACUGAGAAGCAGCAGGCUUGUUUUUCCCCCUUAAGGGUCUUCAAUAAGCUUCUACGUGCUCUACUUCCAUUUGGGAAUGAAACUGCAUGAUGCGUUCUACUCCCCACUUAGUUCAUUAAGUGAGACUGUAGGCUUCUCGUUUGUUUUGUUCUUGGAGUUAGAGAGUAGUCUGGAGUGUUUAAGUCCCCAGAAAAGUUGUUUAACCAUAAAUCAAAAUCCCUCACUGUUUGGUGCAAUGACUGGCAGGAUUCUUGACCAGCAAUGGAAAGGGGCUGUCCUGCAGCCAAAUUCCCUUGCCUGGCGUAUCUGGACCCCUUCACUGCUACCUUUUCGCUGCCUGUACUUUUAAAUUUUCUGACUAUUUAGUGGCAUCUGCACAUAAAUGGCUUGAAAUCCCUGGUGUAAUAUCUUAAGGCAGCAUAAAUGCUGACAACAUCCAUUGAGAAGUUUGCGUUUAUGAAGGAAUUUAAACACUUCUAAGCCCUUUGGGCUCACUGGUGCUUACUGGCAUACAUUAAAUGGGGUGCACUUCACAUGUACAUAUGUAGGGAACACAUCUACAUAUGAACACUGACUGAAAUGUUGUAGCCGUGUUGGUCCCAGGAUACUAGAGCUUACACAGAGCUCUUCUUCAGGUCUGGGCUGAAGAAUAGUUAUGUGUAAGCUCGAAAGCUCGUCUCUCACCAACAGAAGCUGGGCCAAUAAAAAACAUUGCCUCACCCACCUUGUGUCUCGAACACUGACUGAAUACAGUUUUCUAUUGUGGGAGUGUAGUAGCUAAUUUUCUAUUCCUCGCAACUUUAUUAUAUAACCCUACCUAGUGGCUGAUCUACUCAGUGAGAGCUACUACCUGUGCGUGCUAAGUCUCAAAAUCCAUCUUGUAAGUUUCAUGGCACAGGGAGGGACUGUGCUGAACUCAACUCAGGCAGCUGUGUGUUCCAGUUGGGAGAGGAGGGGAAUUCAGGAAAGGAAAUUUCUGCUUGCAAGGUUCAUGUUGGGGAGAGGCCUAAAACGCAAGCUGAGUGACUAUGAGGAGAACGUGGCUGGUCUCUCAAGUGCCUUUGAUUCCAGUCGAAAUCUGCCCUAUCCACUUAAGAGGCAGUUAGUGCUGAACAUGUGCCUCACUAAACUACAAACUUACAGAAUGCUGGUGGAACCAAACUUACACCGUUCUGUGCUCAUAGCCAACACAGUAAGGCAAAUUCAGGAGGAAAUGAGACAAGAGAGUAGCCAGCAGCCAAUUAAUGUAUGCAAUGGCAUUGCUCCCAAUCCUCACAGCUACCCAGGAAUUGAUUCAUCUGGAAUUUCUUUACAUUUGCCUUCAGGUAGUAACCAGCAAGAGUCUAACUGUUGUAACUCAUGGUCUGCAGAAGGCCCAAUUGAAAAUAGCCUGCUGAUGGUUUCAGAUGAUGACAUGUCAUCUGCCAUUUCAUCUAUUCUGAAGGAUUUGGACUUCAUGGAAGAUAUAAGUCCACCUACUUCUUUGGUUCCAGCUGGAGAUGAUGAGCCGAAGUCUCCAGAAAACACAUGUCUAAAACUAGAAGAUGAUAGACAAGAUUUGAAGGGAGCAGAAUGUGUAUUUGGUUCCUUUGAAAUUUCGAAUUCAACCAGUUACUUAAAAGAUUUGGCUAUAGAUGACAUCUUUGAAGAUAUUGACACUUCAAUGUAUGAUUCAGACUUCUGCUCUCCCCCACUAAUGGCACCUAGACCACCUUCUGCUGCUACAGAAGAAACAUUGAAAACCUUCCCAUCUUGCAAUGCUUCCUCAGCAAACAAUAUUCCAAUAUGUAGAACAGAUCUGAGUGAGUUGGACCAUAUCAUGGAAAUUCUUGUUGGAUCUUGAUAUUUAUUUUUUUUAACCAAAGAUACUUUCCGUACUGCCACUUAACAUUGGUUUGAGGAUAAAGCCACUGGCUGGGAAAGCUGCAAGGAAUUUCUUUUAAAACAAAACAGAAUUGUCCACGAGUAGUUCUUAAAAUGUCUCAGUUAAAAUCAAAAAAGUGGCAGUUUUUAAAAUUAUUUAUUUGAGAAAUUGUGCAAUCAUCUUUUUCCUUCUGGGGGUGCAUGUGUGUGUAUUGACAUAAAAACAUGCACAUAUCCUUACCCGCCACCCCUCAUCCCCUUUGAAUAAAUGUUUAUGUGCAAUUUUUAAUUUGUCAGAAGAAUUUACAUACAAAGUGAAUUUCAUAUGGGAGUCUCUUAUGAAGCCUAGAUUUUAUUUUUAAUAUUAAAAUACAUGCCAAGUUGGCAUACAUUGGAGUUGCAUAUUUUGAUUGUGCAAAUCCAUCAGCAUUACUAGAGAUAUAGGUAUAUUUUAAAAAUAUUAAAACAAAUGUCACUUCCAUUUGGUUGGAAAAGCAGACUCAAGACACUUGUCAGUGAAGUAUCUUGCAUUUUCUAAAGCAUUCAAAACUAUUUAUUUUUGUAAAUUUUAUAGUCUUUCUACAUUUUACUACGUUAUUUCAUCAUAGUACAAAUAUAAUGUAUUUCUAGCUGGAUGUGGCUAGUACUACCUCUAUAAGCUGAAAUGCUUUGACUCUUUCCAGUGCUUUGUCUAAGAUUGCAAGUUGUUUCUCUUUUCCUUUUUGUUUCUCAAUGAUAUUUUUCUGGUGGGGGGGGGGGGACAUUUUUUAAUACAUUAAUUAGAUCCUUUGUUUGACAGUGAUCUAGCUGAUUUGUGAAAUUAUGAGUAUUAAAUGUUUAAAAUUUCUACAAGUAUUUGCAAAUGUAAUUUAUGUAUAUUGUCCAAUUUAACAUUUUGUCAGUAUUAUGUGCUUAGAUUUUAAAUCUUGGCAUUUUUUAAAUUAGCAUUUACUGUACAGAUAGCUUUUUGUUCUGUUUGGAGAAUGCCAUGUCUUCAGUCCUGUUUUCACUACAAAGCUUUUUUUAAUGUGCAAUAAUACUUACAGAUACACAUUUGCACAGAUGACGCAGAAAGGAAAUGCUUUAAAUUUAAAUUUGUAAAGUAGCACGUUGGGAAAGGUACCUGAAGAGCCAGUGUCUCUGUAUCCUUUUAAGAAAUGAGUUGAGCAUUUCUUAUAGUACUAACAUUUACUGUUUUGAAUACUGCUGAAAUGUUCUUGUAAAUGUGGUGGGUCACUGCUGAUGACUUAAGUACUGUCAUGUGAAAGCUCCGGGUCAACUCAUUCCGAUGCAGUUGCAGGACUGAGGCCUAAGUGUGCUGAAAGAAUUUCUGUUUCAGAUAUGCAACAGAAGGGUUUGGUGGGUUUUUCUUUAAAUUAUUAAUUGAAGAUGAGGUUUGUAGUGAGAACUGUUGCUCCAUGUGAUAGUGGGAAAUAAUUUUUCCCUCAGACUGGGGUCUUCAUUAACUUCUGGAGUUGCUUUCUAAACUACACAACGCUCGUUUUCCCUUGAAACUGUAAAACUGUUUCAAUAUAGCUGUUAACGCUGCAGUACAUUUAGGACAAAAAAAGUUUGUAGAGAGCUUUAAAAGCAUCUAUAGUUCAUUUCACAGUGUAGCCAUUUCCCAUGUCAUUCCCUUUUUCAGCCAGUAGCAGAAGUGUAGCAGCAAUAAUGUCUCCAUUUUGGAUAAAGAUAAUUUUUGCUCAUUUUUUUUAGUAUGAACUUGCUCAUGUUCACUUCAGUGUCUUUCGCUCAGAGCACUGCUUAGCUCUCCCCAACACCACUCAGUGUUUUUAAAAAAUGUUUGCUUUUGUUCCAUUUGUUCUUUAACUUUUUUGUGGGUGCAGUAUCUGGAAAAGAAUAUGAAGAGCAAGAAAAUGUGCCCUAAGUGUUGCAUCUCAAAAACAAGGGGUGAAGUCCUGGUCUUGCAGAACAAUGGGAGUUUUGCCAUUAACUUCAGAUGGGCCAGUAUUUCACCUGGGAUUUUUAGUCUUAAAUACGCUGCAGCGUCGGUUAUCCUAUGCUAAGAGCUCCAUUUCAGACCAUGUGAGUUCCUCGGUUAGUCCGUCCCUCAAAACUGUGCAAACCCAGUUUAGAUCACAUUCUUUCAGCCAGCUGGAUUGACAGUUGAAGGGUAUAAAUAUAUGCGCUCAAUGUUAAUGGUUCUAAUAAUCUAGAAAUUCUGAUGGUAUAAAACAUUCUAAAUCAUUGGAUAAGGGAUUAGUUUGAAAAAUGUAUAAAUAGCUACUGAGAAGGUACAGCUUCAGAAUGUACACAGACUGUAUUUUGUAUAGACUACUCUGGCUUUUCCUCAGUCUCUACUUUUGUAUGUAAAGAUAUGCCUCAAUAAAUCCUUGAAAUAUUCCGCACUGUGAUGAAGCAGAAUUGUGGUUAAAGAUAUUUUUAAUUUUGGUCACAGAAAUAAAAAUUGUAUUUAAUUUC